CGACGGAGCUGUCAAACAGCAGCACUGAUGAAGCACUAACACCACCCCGUGCGCUCCGACAAACACCACACUUUGCUCUUUUGUGGAGACAAGGACGACACAAGCAGACAUCCAGGUCACUUCAGCCUUUCUUUGGGGGUUGAUUUGGACUUAUUAACCCCGCCUGCGACGGAAGAAAACUUCCUGUUUUGGAUCAAGCUAAUGUUUGUUAGCUCUGUGCUAAGCUAGGGGUUUGUUGACAAAACAGCCAAUCAGCUGUUUCUGGACUUUGUGGUUUUUUUGAUCAAUGCAACAAGAGAAAGGCAUGGGACCCAGCUUCAAUUGCUCCUGUAAACAUCUCAAAGAAAUACUUAGGUCUCCAAAGGCUCACUAAACAUCUGUCAAACAUGUGAAAACCCUCUCAUCCUGGUGGACUCCCCACUUACAAGCAGUGAGGAACUCGACUAGUUGGAAACAUCUUGGAUCCAGCCAGGGUGUGUCACCAGGGGUGCCCUCAACAAAAGAAAUAUUAAACUGAAGUCUAUGCGUGUGACAUAUUCUCUCCCAGGACCCAAACAGAGUGAAGUCUGUGCUGCCGUGGAACCCUCGGCACCAUUAAAACAAUCUAGUCCUCUUGUCAUGUGGGUACAGUGCAGAAAAAGGCCCAUACUACCCUCACUGGUAUCACCGUCUUUCACAUCAACAUGGACCGGAAUAAACGCAACUCCAUCGCUGGGCUUCCUACGCGACCCGAAUGUGUCAACGAGGACAGAGAUGGUUUCGGAGGGGUAGGGGGCAGCGAGAUGGGCAUGGGCCCGCCUUCACAGGUGGGCAGGGUGUGGCCAUCAUCCUACAGAGCCCUCAUCAGUGCCUUCUCCUGUCUUACGCGCCUUGAUGACUUCACCUGUGAGUGGAUUGGCUCUGGAUUCUUCUCUGAUGUCUAUAAGGUACGUCAUCGGGCUACAGACCAAGUUAUGGCUCUGAAGAUGAACAAGCUCAGCAGCAACAGAGCCAACAUGUUGAGAGAGGUCCAGCUAAUGAACCGGCUCUGCCAUCCGUACAUUCUCAGGUUCAAGGGAGUGUGUGUCCACGAAGGCCAGCUUCACGCUCUGACAGAGUACAUCAAUGGUGGAAACCUGGAGCAGCUUAUAGACAGCAACAAACACCUGAGUUGGCCCACGAGGGUUAAACUUGCCUCUGAGAUCGCCAGCGGUUUGGCCUACUUGCACUCCAAAGGCAUAUUCCACCGGGACCUCACCUCCAAGAACUGCCUGAUCAAAUGUGAGGAAAAUGGCUACACGGCAGUGGUGGGAGACUUUGGCCUUGCAGAAAAGAUCCCCACCAAUCUUGCUGAAGUAGAGAAACUGUCCGUGGUUGGCUCUCCUUUUUGGAUGGCUCCAGAGGUGCUGAGAAAUGAACCGUACGACGAGAAGACCGAUGUCUUCUCCUUUGGUAUAAUCCUGUGUGAGAUCAUUGCGAGGGUCCAGGCUGACCCGGACUUCCUUCCCCGCACAGAGAACUUCGGCCUGGACUAUCACACGUUCCAGCACAUGGUUGGAGACUGUCCGCAUGACUUCCUCCAGCUGGCCUUCAACUGCUGCAAUAUGGACCCUAAACUCCGUCCUUCCUUCCCAGACAUCGUCCGGCACCUUGAGGAUCUUAUCGCAGGCCUUAAAGUUGAAGAGAUGGAGCACCAGUGCGACCCCCUCAGCGGGGACAACGACAAGAAGACCAAAGGGGAGAAGAUCCAGGGCUUCAAGCGACUGAACCCUCUCGGUUUCCAGGAUGAUAAAAUCCCUCCGAAAUCCCCUCGCCCCCGACGAAACAUCUGGCUCAGCCGCAGCCAGUCAGACAUCUUCUCAUGUAAAGCAGGAAGAAAAGUCAACGUCCAGGACCCUUACUACAACCCUCCCAUCGCUCAGAAACCCUCUAAAGCCCGCAAGAUCAACCCGUUCACCGCCCGAGAGGACCUGUGUGGGGGCAAGAUUAAGUUUUUCGAUGUGCCCAGCAAGUCUGUGUUCUCGCUGGUGUUUGACCUCCACUCACCUCCGGGGAGCGUGUUCAGUAACCAGCCGCCUUCUAAUGGACCUGGAGGGUCCCAGCAGGUGACGUCUUACUACUGGAGGCAGCUGCCAGGAAGACAGUGUCACUCUUUACCCGUGUCCCCCCAGCUGCCCCGCUCCGACGUCUUCCAGCUCGCUGCUGAUGUCAGCACCAAUUACAACGGUUCUGUUACCUGUAACUCCAGCCUGCUGUCCACUACGCUGAUAGCAACUAACUCCAGGUCUGACGCAGUCCUGGUGGGAAACGACGCCCGGCAGAAGGCAGCGAUGAGCGUCUGGGCGAAGAAAUACGUUGUGGUUGAAAUCCCACCUUACUGCAGGCAGCAAGGAGGGGAAGAGGACGGAGAGGUGGAGGGGAGGAAUGAGGACAAGGAGGAGGAGGAGGAGGAGGAGGAAGAAGAGGAGGAGGAGUUUGGGGAGAGCUGCUCUCCGAUGGUCCCCAGCAUUCUGAGAAACAGUGGAGAGGCGAUGGACUGCUCCAGCAUCCUGGAGGAAGAGGAGGAACGAGAGACAGCGACAGACCCCUCCCCCAUGUAACACACAUGUAAAUCUACACACACACACACACACACACACACACACACACACACACACACACACACACACACACACACACACACACACACACACACACACACUAGUGGGGAGGAUGUGGUGGAUUUGGAUCCAAGAAAAGGGGACUUGAGCCUCGUGAUGGAGCCUGGUGACUGAUGGACCUGGCACAUUUCAAAGAUUUUGGAAAAAAAAAAAUACAUAAAAAGGAAAAAGCACUUGAUUUCUCUAUCAAGUGAAUGUAUCACAUGUUGAUAAAUAAUAAAUCAAGCACACCUGAUGGAGAUAAAUAACUACUUAACAAAGUGUCAUACCCAGGUGAGACCGGGCAAGACUCCAUUUAGCACAAAAAAAACAACAGCUUUUAUCGACACAGUGGACACUCGGCAUAGAGAUUAUUUUUUUGGAAGAUGUUGUUUAUAUUUAAUAUUGUGAGAUGAUGUAGAUUUCUUUUUCUUUUAAAGGUUUCCUAUGUUAAUGCGUCUUGUGUAUGAAGAUCCCUUGUGUUGUGUAUGUGUGAGUGUUUAAAAUCAAAGCUUGUGUUUUGAUACUUUCCCUCUGUGUUCUUUAGUUUGACAAAUGUUUAUAUGAAAUCAAAAAAAUUCCCAUACAUUUCAGAUUUAUGAGACGCUGAUAUUCAGACGAGAAAAUGUGAGUGCCUGAAAAACAACACUCAUGAGACAGAUGUUUCUAUAUUUUACACCAAGUCUCCUCUGAAUGAUUCACAGGGAACUAACAGAAAUAGUGAAUUUAGAGAGGAGAUGGUUUUCGGUUCAGGAUUUCAACUAGCCACUCGUUGACAUAGUGGUGUUUUUGUUUGAUCAGGUCACUUCAAAUCUGUAAAACUAAAAGCAUUCACAAGCAGUGUUGUCAGAGCAUUAAAUCCAGAACACCAGCUGUAGGCAAACGGAUAGAAAGUCCUUUUCAAAGAUUCUUUUGCAUUUUAAAGUUGCUGCUCGAAGGCCGACUUUCAAAACUCAGAUGUCAGAGUUUACUUGAACACACCACCCGUUCUCAAAACAAUCUCCUCUUGCAACUCUGUUACCACACAAUGAAAAUAAAGCAAAAUAUAAGUGAAAAAGGAAAGUUUAAAGCAAGACUAUGUAACUUUUGAAAGACUAAAUAACUCAAUAUUUCUCACUUCAAUACACUCAGGGAUUUAGCCCCUAAAGUCUUACUUGGUCUGGUGAUAUGAACAGUAGCUUAUGGUGGCAAAUAUUAGCGAACUUUAGAUAUUGUUGUGUAACCGACAUUACUGAGUCAUUUUGUCGACUCACUGUGAAGUGCAACUCACAGUUUGUGUCACAAAUACAGUCUCCAAGGGGCAAGAAUGCACAUUCACCCUGAAGAAUGUCUACAUUAAAGCAACUGUCUUCAAAAAAUCCUCAGAAAUAACCACCUAUGGCCACAGUAGCUGCAGUUGUAGUCUUGCUUUAAAGUCAAACCGAAACAAAAAGAACCCUAGCAUCCUAAAGAAAAAACAGUGAACCUAUAAACUCAAGAGAGACUUUGGUUAAUAGAAUCAUUUUACUUACAGAAUACAGCUUAUGUUGGAUGAAUAAUAUUUAGAUUGGAGGGAAACGGCACGACCUGGUCUUUCCAGUUCUUUCCAUUCAGAUGUGCCCGAGUGUCGGAUGUUGAGUUUUCCACUCUGUUGUGAGGAAAGUAUCCAAACCAGACAGAGAGCUGAGCUGAGCUGAGCAUUUUCUGAAAACAUAUAAGAAGGUUUGUUCUAUCGAAAAUUAUCAGCACUAAAUAAAUGUUAAUUUUCCUUCAUUUUUUCCCCUGAAAAGAUGUUUUACAACUUUUUUUUUUUAAGGAUUUUACUUAAAUUUAAUAUUUAAUUAAUAUCACAUCCCCAAACAGAAGCUAAUUGUCUCACAGCAGGAUACUCUGACACGCUCCCUCCCUCAUGAGCUAACAUUUACUUCAACUUGUCUUCUGAUGACAUUUUCUUCUUUUAUUUUCACACUCCAAUGAAUAUAUGAAAUAGAGACAUUUCCUCUUCUUUUUACAAAAUGACUGUUAUAAAAUCAGAUUUAUAUUUGAUGAACCACGUUAGUCUUGUCUCUGCUGAUCUCAGUCCAGUCGCUUCAGUUGGAACUUAAAAAUGCACUUCUCCUCUGAACUACCCAUCACUACUUUUCUAUGCAACCAAUGUAACUUUUAUGACAUCGUUUUACAGUAUAAAGGAUCUAAUUUGAUAUUUAUGAGAAAAAAUAUUUUUAAUGUCUUACCUUUUGUAUAUAAAGUUUGUUACCUGCCUUGAUGAAUACAGACUGAGAUGUUUUUGC